UGAACGAGAACAUCAACAGCUGACAAAGCGUUGUAGUUGUACACAAACCGUACUCGAGAUGGCCAGCAAUCCGGACGGGGACCCGCAAUUUUGCGAAGUUUUCAUCAAAUCGGAACCGAUGGAAACAGAGCAGCAGCAAAGCACGACAUCAUCGGUGCCGGAAGAGCCCAAAUCAUUCAGCUUUGAAGCAAUCACAAAAGAGGAACUCAUCAUAGAGGACAAGGACGAUGAAGGCUGCAAUCUGCGGCCAAGAAAGAAAGUUGGGCUGCUUUAUCGCCCGGACGGAACGAUUGAUUGCGAGGAAUGUGGUAAAAAUGUCCUGGAUUACAAGGCGUAUCUUCAGCACUCCCGAAGACACAGGAACCUACAGGAGGGCAAGUACCGGUGCAAACUGUGCAAGAAGAUUUUUGCGGAUAGAGGCGAUCUCACUAAACACAAUCGAAGGAUCCACAGCGAGGUAAAGGGGAAGAAGGGACCAACGCCGGAGGAAAAGGCGACACAGGCAACCGAGGAAGAUGUGGAUCCUGAAAGUAGAGUAAUCGAAGAAAAUGGCACUUUCAAGUGUCCGGAGUGUAGUAAGACGUUCAAAAAGCGAAUCCUAGCCGUUACUCAUAUCGAGAGACACGACAACUUGAGAAAAGGAUCGAUCAAGUGUUCGAUUUGUGGAAAGUGUUUUGCCUGCAAAUCAGCCCUUCUUCCACACGAGCGUGCCCACAAUCCAGCGACGAAGGUGCCCGCUGCCCGAAGCGCGUCUCCGUUGCCGGUGAUGCGAAAUGGUUUCCCUGCCUUCAAGUGUCCCGAGUGCAAUAAAGUGUUUGACAAACGGAAGCCCUACUUUAAGCACGCAAGGAGACACAACGCCAUCAAAAAGGGAGAGCACCAAUGUCCCAUAUGUGGCGUGGUGCUCGGCUUCCAAUCCGAACUGAACAAACACUUGGCCUACCACGAACUAAAUGGACCGGAACCCAGCAAAUCCAAGACACCAUACGUGAAAGCCGAAGUUGCCACAGCUGAGCAGAGUGACUUGAUCUGCAAAGUAUGUGGCAAGUUUGUUCAGAACAAAUUUAGCCUCGAACGACACGUGAAGCGGCAUGAAGCUCUGGAAAAGGGAGAAUUCCAGUGUGCUCGUUGUGGCCAGUACUUUUCGACGAGUUUCGCACUUUUAAAUCACGAGCGAAGACAUGGAGAGCCCAAUGCAGCAGAACAAGAUUCUGACAGCAACAAGGAAGCAGUAUCGACCGUUUCGAGCGAAGAGAUGACUCUAUCGGAAGCCAUUAUCAGCAAGACCGUAGCGAAGCCACGAAAAUUGAUUCUUAAGAAAAUUAUUAUUAAGAAGGAAGGUGAAUAAAUUAGCUGAUUGAAAAA